AUGGUGUCCUUAGACGAGAAAGAAGGCCCGAGUCCUAAAAUAGGUCCUGACCACCAGGCGGAAAUUCUUUCGGAUUCAGACCAGCUUUCACUUCAAAUCAGUCCUGCUUAUUCAGAAGAUGUGUAUCAUGAAUCACUUUCUUCUUCAAUUGGGUUGCCCAUCUCAGUCACAUGGAGUGAUGCUGAUGCAGAAAGUUUCGUACUUGCAUUGUUUAUUUUUGGGAAGAAUUUUACUCUGAUAAAAAAAUUCUUGGAGAACAAAGGGAUGGGGGAAAUUCUCUCAUUUUACUAUGGAAGGUUUUUCAAAUCAGAUGGAUAUCAUAGAUGGUCGGAGUGCAGGAAGUUAAAAGGGAUAAAACAUACGAUAGCGAAGAAACUUUCUACCAAAAUGAGGCAACAUGACCUUUUGUCUCGCUUGAGUCCUCAGGUCUCUAAAAAAUCACAAGAUACUUUGUCUAAGGUUUCUAAAUCAUAUGUGGAAGGCAAAACUUCUCUAGAAAAAUACAUAUCUUCUGUGAAAUCUAUUGUUGGACUUGGCGUUCUUGCGGAAGCAAUAGGUAUUGGUAAGGAGAACGGAGUCCUUACUCGGCUUGAUUUGGAACCUAGGAAGAACAGAUGUGGGGAGUUUUAUGCACCAGCUUGCAAAGCUUUGUCUUCUCUUGGACCGGAUGAUAUAAUACGAUCUUUGACAGGAGGAUGUCAGCUGAGCAAAACCAGAAGUAAUGAGCUUUUUUGGGAAGCUGUUUGGCCCCGCUUACUGGCAAGAGGUUGGCACUCUGAGCAACUAAAGAAUCAUGAUUAUCUGGUUUUUCUUAUUCCCGGCGUUAAAAAGUUUUCGAGGAGAAAACAUUUGAAAGGGCAACAUUACUUUGAUUCUGUUAGGGAUGUCUUGAGUAAAGUAGUAGCGGAACCAAAUAUUAUUGUGCUUGAAGAAGAAGAAGUUGAAGAAGGAGGAUCAAACGAAGAUGAUUUCUCUGACGAUCAUCGUCAAUGUUACCUCAAGCCUCGAUCUUCUACAAGUUUGGUGCAUUGCGGAAAGCCGUCAGAUUUAAGGAAAUUGAAAUAUGUUCCGUCUAAUAAAGUGAAUAUAGUUGAGGCAGAUGUUGACGGUAAAAGAUAUAAAGGUCAUACAUAUAGUAGGAGAGUAAAGCAUAGCAAGGAUAUGUCUAAAAGCAUUACACAGAGGUCAACAAAGUUAUCAGUUAUUGAUACCAAUGGACUUCCUAAAAGAAAACUAUUGAAGAUGAAACAUAAGAGAUAUCUGCCUGUUGAAAUGGAAGAUGCUUCUACGAUGAUUACUGAUCUUCUACACGAAAGAAUUGGUGGUUCUUCAAUUAAUGAUUCACCAAUGGUAGUGAAAUCUAAGGUUCUUAUAUAUGGCAGAAAGAAAACUGAUAGUUGGAUUGGUGUAUCUAACAGGAGAGUCUUCAUUAAAAAAGAAGCACAUGAUAAUCCUGAUAAUGAUUCAAACAAGAUGGUCGAAAGCCAGAAAUUUCAACGUGGCUGCAUGUUUGAUGAUAGUCAACUGAAGAGGAUCAUGGAGCAUCAUCAGUUCAAUUGGAGAGUAACAUUAGGCGAUUCUAAUCAUGUCACUGUUCCUACUAAAAGGAGGAGAUUGACUGCUUGUGUUAAGGCAGAGAAUAGCCGCAGCGUUCAAAAAUUUUCAGGAGGUUUGGGAUCAGAUAAAGUAAGAUUCUCUUGUUCUUCUAGCUUUCUAGAUGCCAACCAAAAUGUUUGUGAUCCAAUUUCCCACCAGCAGAAUGGAAGUUCAACUGCUCCAUCAGAAGACAGAAGUAGGAGUCGCAAUGACAGUUUUCAAUGCAUGAGUGUUGAAAUUGAGGAUCCUCUGAGAAGACCUUGUGAUGAACAACAGGCUGAUAUAAAUCCCAGGAGACAGAGCAGUAGAAACAGCAAAAUGACAGUUAAAGCAUUGGAAUGUAUAACAUAUGGAUUCUGGCAAAGCAAGAAUGACAUCCAGACACACACACAUAUUUUCAAUCCUUGUCGCAAAGCUCGUACAAGAGGCAAAAUAAAGCCGCGUCGUCACUUUUUAGAUCAUUGGAAUGCAGUUUCAGUACAAGAAGAAAAGCACUUGAAGGUAGAUGGCAGUGCUAGCUAA